UGACAUCAUGUAAAGUCAGAAACCUACCUGGCAUCUUGGACAGUGAUGGUUGGAGCUGCCACUGGCUUGUCAAAUUAUGACUCACAGAAGCUAUUAUCAGUCCUAUCUCAGGGUUCUCCAGUAGCUCUCCUUUGGAAUGAUAUUUUCAUAAUGAGCCAACAAGGUUAUGUGGCAACACCCCCGUAUUCUCAGUCCCAGCCUGGAAUGGGCCUUUCUCCCCCUCAUUAUGGACACUAUGGGGAUCCGUCCCAUGUAACUUCUCCACCAGGCAUGAUGAAGCCAUCAGGGCCAUUGGGAGCCCCUGCGCCUUCAGGGCUGUUGCCCCCAGGCCCUUUACCUCCUGGACCCCCACAGUAUGGCCCAAACGGAGCCCAUGCCCCAGGCCAUCCUCCCCAAAGGUGAGCUAAGUACACUUAAACUC